CAAAUAAAAAAAAAAUCGUAAAAUCAUUAUAUCGCUUCACUCUCAAUUUCUCUUUCUUUCAGAAGAAGAGGGAAGGAAAACAAGCAUGGUUUCAACGAGACGCAACAGUGGUGGUGGAUCUUUCCCCGCCGCUAAAAGACCUUCUUCAUCUUCCGAUGACAAACCUCCUUCUCCUUCCCCUAAGCGCCAAAAGCCUGACAAUGGUGCUGCUGCUACUUCCUCGGAAAAACCGAUAUCGAUAUCUCCGACGGAGAAUUCCAAGGAUUUUCGUACUCCAGAACCUCCCGCCGAUCCAGGAGAAUGUGCUCCCACCGAUGCUCAGAUCGAAGAACCGGUACCUGCUGAUGAUAAAAUCGAUGCAACACCGCCGAUCGCUGACGGUUCUUCGCCGACUCUGGUAGCUGAUAAACCUAGGGCUUCGUUCUCUUCAUGGAGUAUAUAUCAGAAACAAAAUCCAAUCCUCGAGUCUUCAGCUCCCUGGUGUCGGCUUCUGUCCCAGUCUGCACAGCAUCCAAAUGUUCCCAUUUCCAUACCCAACUUCACUAUUGGCUCAAGCAGAAAUUGCAAUUUUCAUUUGAAGGAUCAUACAAUAAGUGGAAAUUUAUGCAAAAUCAAACACACACAGAGCGAGGGAAGUGAUGUGGCUGUGUUAGAAAGUACGGGUAGCAAAGGAUCUGUGCUAGUCAAUGGGACACUUGUCAAGAAGAAUGCCUGGUGCGCGCUAAACUCGGGUGAUGAGGUGGUUUUCGGAUUGCAUGGAAAUCAUUCUUAUAUUUUUCAGCAAGUAAACACUGAAGUUGCAGCUAAGGGUGCAGAAGUUCAGAGUGGCGUUGGUAAAUUUAUGCAGCUUGAAAGGAGAAGCGGAGACCCUUCAGCCGUGGCUGGGGCUUCUAUCUUGGCUUCUCUUUCUAACCUCAGACAAGAUCUUAAAAGAUGGAAAUCUCCAUCUCAGACUGCCAGUAAGCCUCACCAGGGUGCUGAUGUUUCUAUUCAUACUGUCCUCCCUGAUGGUACAGAAGUUGAGCUUGAUGGUCUGGAAGGCAACUCAACUCCAAAUAUAGGAACUGAUAAAGCUGCUGAUGCUGAGGCUAGCAACAAGAACUCUCCUAUGGAUUACGAUCCAGAGGAUGCAGGCGCAGAGCCAGGCAAUGUAAAAUUCUCUGGGGUGAAUGAUAAGCUAAGGCCUUUAUUCAGGAUUCUAGCUGGAUCUACUACUUGUAAACUGAAAUUGAGCAAAAGUAUCUGUAAACAGGUAUUGGAAGAAAGAAAUGGGGUGGAGGACACACAAGCCGCUUCGAUUUCGGGUACAUCUGUACGUAGUGCUGUUUUCAAAGAAGAUGCUCAUGCCGCAAUACUGGAUGGAAAAGAACUAGAAGUGUCCUUUGACAGCUUCCCAUACUAUUUAAGUGAGAAUACAAAAAAUGUCCUGAUUGCAGCUUGUUUUAUACACCUGAAGCAUAAAGAGCAUGCAAAGUAUACCACAGAUCUCACCACCGUAAAUCCCCGUAUUCUACUUUCAGGACCUGCAGGGUCAGAAAUAUAUCAGGAGAUGCUUGUAAAAGCACUUGCGAAAUACUUCGGGGCUAAAUUGCUCAUAUUCGAUAGCCAGUUGCUUUUGGGUGGUUUAUCUUCUAAGGAAGCUGAGCUUCUCAAAGAUGGAAUUGCUGCCGAUAAAUCUUGCAGCUGUGCCAAACAAAGUCCUACAGCCACAGACACGGCUAAGAGCAUGGAUCCACCAGCUAGUGAAACAGAUACACCUAGCUCUUCUAAUGCUCCUACUCCACAUGGACUUGAAUCUCAAGCUAAGUUGGAAACUGAUAAUGUACCAUCUACAUCUGGAUCAGCUAAAAAUUGCUUGUUUAAACUAGGCGACCGGGUUAAGUAUAGUUCAUCUUCUGGGUGUUUGUAUCAGACAUCUUCUUCAAGGGGUCCAUCUAAUGGAAGUCGAGGGAAAGUUGUCUUAAUUUUCGAUGAUAAUCCCUUGUCAAAAAUUGGUGUAAGAUUUGAUAAACCUAUACCUGAUGGAGUUGAUCUUGGAGGUGCCUGUGAGGGAGGUCAAGGAUUUUUCUGCAACGUCACUGAUCUUCGAUUGGAAAACAGUGGCAUUGACGAACUCGACAAGUUACUUAUUAAUACAUUGUUUGAGGUGGUAACUAGUGAGAGUAGAAAUUCACCUUUCAUUUUGUUCAUGAAAGAAGCAGAAAAGUCUAUAGUAGGAAAUGGGGAUCCAUACUCAUUUAAAAGUAAGCUUGAAAAGCUUCCUGACAAUGUGGUGGUAAUAGGUUCACAUACUCACACCGACAGUCGAAAGGAGAAGUCACAUCCUGGGGGUUUGCUUUUUACGAAGUUUGGCAGCAAUCAGACUGCCCUUCUUGACUUGGCUUUCCCGGAUAGUUUUGGAAGAUUACAUGACAGGGGGAAAGAAGUCCCAAAACCAAACAAAACUUUGACUAAGCUAUUUCCAAAUAAAGUAACAAUUCACAUGCCACAGGAUGAGGUGCUUCUAGCAUCAUGGAAACAACAACUUGAUCGAGAUGUGGAGACUCUUAAAAUCAAAGGAAAUUUGCACCAUUUGCGCACUGUUUUAAGCCGUAGUGGGAUGGAAUCUGAAGAACUCGAGGCCUUGUCUGUCAAGGAUCUGACACUUACAAAUGAAAAUUCAGAGAAGAUUGUUGGUUGGGCUUUAAGCCACCAUCUGAUGCAGAAUUCUGAUGUCGACGCUGAUGCAAAGCUUGUGUUGUCUUGUGAGAGUAUCCAGUAUGGAAUUGGGAUCUUACAGGCUAUCCAGAAUGAGUCGAAGAGCCUAAAGAAGUCUCUUAAGGACGUUGUAACAGAAAACGAAUUUGAAAAGAGGCUUUUGGGUGAUGUUAUUCCACCUAGUGACAUUGGUGUUACUUUUGAUGAUAUUGGAGCUCUUGAAAAUGUUAAGGAUACAUUGAAGGAAUUGGUGAUGCUUCCUUUACAGAGGCCUGAGCUUUUUUGCAAGGGGCAGUUAACCAAGCCAUGCAAGGGAAUUCUAUUAUUUGGUCCCCCGGGAACAGGUAAGACAAUGCUUGCCAAGGCAGUUGCUACCGACGCUGGUGCAAACUUCAUCAAUAUUUCCAUGUCAAGCAUCACAUCUAAGUGGUUUGGUGAGGGUGAAAAAUACGUCAAAGCCGUUUUCUCCCUGGCAAGUAAAAUUGCGCCCAGUGUGAUAUUUGUUGAUGAAGUUGAUAGCAUGUUGGGUCGGAGGGAAAAUCCAGGGGAGCAUGAGGCCAUGCGCAAGAUGAAAAAUGAAUUCAUGGUGAACUGGGAUGGUUUACGUACAAAGGAUACUGAAAGAGUUCUUGUGCUCGCAGCCACCAAUAGACCUUAUGACCUUGACGAGGCUGUCAUACGAAGGCUGCCUCGGAGAUUAAUGGUAAAUUUACCAGAUGCUCCAAAUAGAGCAAAAAUAUUAAAAGUUAUACUUGCAAAGGAAGAUCUGUCUUCUGACGUUGAUCUGGGUGCAAUUGCAACUAUGACUGACGGAUAUUCUGGAAGUGAUCUCAAGAACUUAUGUGUAACUGCUGCACACCGUCCUAUUAAAGAGAUAUUAGAAAAAGAAAAAAAGGAUCUUGCUGCUGCUCAAGCAGAAGGUAGACCUGCACCUGCAUUACGUGGAAGUGAUGAUAUCCGAUCUUUAAAUAUGGAAGAUUUUAAACAUGCUCACCAACAGGUAUGUGCAAGUGUUUCUUCUGAAUCUGUUAAUAUGACGGAGCUUUUACAAUGGAAUGAACUCUAUGGGGAAGGUGGUUCAAGAGUCAAGAAAGCACUAAGCUAUUUCAUGUGAGUUUAUCCUCUGUAUGAAAUGUUCCCCCAUCAUUGGCUGCUGCAAAAGCAGGCAUGCGUAUUUGUAGUUUUGCACGACUGUUGAGACUUGCAGGGCUUGCGGCUGCGCCAUUUCGGUUGUAAAAUGAAAUAUAGGUUUUCAAAGUUUUUUUUUUACCUGUGGGAUGGUGGGUUUUGAAAGGAGUAGUGGAGCUUUAGUUAAAUUUGGCAAGGCUUUACUUAUUUUUAAUUUUGUUCCUCAUCCCCUGGCCACUAAUGCUGAUGACGUGCUGAAAGUUUUAAGUUACAAGUGUCACUAGAAAAAAAUAGUCAUAUAUGACCCUGUGAAAAUAUUUGUUGUUCAUUCCUAAUGGAAUUUGUUGAAACAAUAAGCAUUUAGUUAA